UGAACAAGUACGAAUCUAUUAUAACUCGAUAUAGUAAUUAGAUAUUAAUUAGAUGGUAGGUGAUAGUAGUAUAGUCGACUAACUCACGAGCGGCGGGUGUAGGCGAUAUGGUCGUGCGCGUUUCCAAAUAUUUUGUGUCAUUUUGUUUCCAAUGAAAAGUGUGACAAAAGUCCAGUUUCUUUUUUUUUAUGGUUGAAAAAGUUUAUAACCCCAGACAGACAGGGAGACAAACGGACAGACAGACAGACGCAACCCCUAAUGAUUUAUUCCAAAAGAUCCAUCAACACCGAACCAUUCUCAUGUCAGUUGGACAUGAUCGAGAAGACCAAGAUCGAAAUCAAGAAUCAGCCGCCGUUGUAUAAUAAACGAUUCUCUAAACGAACAAGUUACCGUCCACAACAACCGUUGACAACUGCUCCGGUUGUUGACCAGAAAGUUUUCGCACCAAUCAUCACCACCACUAGUAUCAGCCCGGCCAACAAGACACCUGCCAUGUUUGAUCCAUUCAAGCCAGUUGAUUUUUCUAUUGGGUUAACCAAGGAUAUUUGGGGUACCACCACCCCAACCAGCGCUGCGCGAACCACCACCACUACUGGCCGUAGCACUGUAUGGGGAUAAGGAUUUUUUUUUGUUUGUUUUCUGUUUUUCAGUUCAAAUAGAAAAAGUUAUUUAUUUAAGGGAUUACUUUGAGGAAUAUGGUUUAAUAAAUUUUGUAUAAAUUUUGUAUUAGUUCUAGUUUUGGUUAUAAUAUAUGCUUGGUUACAUU